CUUUGUCUUGGCUUCACUCAUGAAGAAUUUCCUCUGCACUCUCCACUAACAAGAACAAGGGUGGUUUAAAAGAGCCACUCAAUCCUUUUAUAAGAAGGUAGGUUUUCUCCCAAAUCUCACCCCUUUACAAGACAACCGAACAAUCCUCAUUACAAAUCACUCUUGAAAGAAUAAUCACACCCCUAAGAUGACUCUCAAAGAAAACGAGUAGAGAAUUACAAGUGAAGAUCACUCAAUGAUAAAAAAUUACAAGUUAAAGCACAAGAACACAAACUGGUAGAUGAGAAAUAUACAAUGAAAAAUGUUUCAAACUUCUUUCAAGACUUUUAUCAAUCAUAUUUAUACAACUAGAUCGAAAAUAGCCAUUCCUAGCAAUUGGGGUGCAUUUAAUGUCUUGCAAAUCAAUUUAAGUCCAAGAAGACACGUUGCAGACUUUAUUAGUAGAGUCGGCUAUACCUUCAAAGGCGGCUAUGCAGAGCUAGCUAUCACAGCCAGAACUGGUUAUCAAGCUUUAUCUGCACUCUAUUUUUCUGUUGAGGUAGCAGCAAAAUACAAAGCUAGCUUAAGAAACGUAACUUCAAAAGAUUAAAAAAUCUUUGAAGAAUUUGACCGUUGAGUAUUAAAUGCGCCAUCAUAACCGAUUGUAAAGUCAUAGUAGACUUUGCAUCCAUUUUCCACAUGUGUCACAUUGCAGGUUUGAACUUUUCACUCGUAGAGCCAACAGCAACUUUCAUAGCUAGCUUUCUACAUUUUUCUUCACUAGAGCUGGCUAUAGAAUUAUAAAGCCAACUUUCUACAGUUCAUCAAGGUUUCUACACUUCUCCAGAGUCGGCUGUAGAAAAUCAUAACCAGGUCUCUACACUAAUUUCAGCAUUUUGGUUCUUUUUCAAUGUAGUCCAAGUUUAUUCACUCUUGUCAGCUUUUAUGUCAUAACUACACACUUAGAUAAACAAAUUAGUAAUUCAAGUAUGUUUUGUAAUCAUCAAUAUCAUAGGUAUAACACUAGUGCAUUAUAAGGUAAAAUGAAACCUCCCUAUUUAU